AUGAUAUGUAGUAGGCUUUCGGAAGUUCUACCUGAUCUGGUUUAUUUAUUGGGUGAUGGUGUGUCUCCGGGGCACUUCUUAUGUACUCAUGAUGAAUGGGAAAUUACAGGGGGGUUUUCAGGUGUUAAGGGUCUUCGUCAAGGAGACCCUAUAUCCCCAUUACUGUUUGUCCUAGUUAUGGAAUAUCUCACCUGGUUGCCUCAGCUAGGGGCUACACAACAUGAUUUCAAGUUUCAUCCUUUGUGUAAAAGCCUCAAGAUUAUAAACCUUUGUUUUGCUGAUAAUUUAAUAAUCUUCUGUAAAGCCAAUAAAGGCUCAGUUCAGUGUGUUAAACAGAUUUUUGAGGACUUCUGCCGUAGUACUGGGUUGAAGACUAAUCAAAGCAAAUCACAAGUUUACUUUGGAGGUGUUCCGAAUACAGACAAGGUUAGUUUGCUUCAGGUUUUGCAGUUUGAAGAGGGAACAUUUCCUCUUAAAUACCUUGGGGUUCCUAUGAGGCCAACAAAAUGGAAAGCGGUAGACUGUGAUGUGAUCCUAAAAAAAAUUAAGCUAAGGCUUCACACUUGGGCUAGUAGACAUCUCUCAUAUGCAGGGAGGACUCAACUCAUUACUUCUGUCCUAUUGGGUUUGCGGAACUACUGGAUGAAUAUCUUCUUGCUCCCACAAAGUAUAGUAAAAGAGGUUGAUAAACUUUGCUUGUGGUUUCUGUGGGGUAACAAUGGUACCAGAAGCAGCUUUCAUCUGGCUUCGUAG